AUGUUGUUUUCCUUGAUUUUAAUUGUCGUCUGGCAUCCUUCUUCAAUCUUGGAUUUAAGUCAUUCAGUCCAUCAUGUUUUUGUUGCUGAAUCUACUACUUCUGCUGAGGCCAACUUAGUUGUUGGGUCUGAUUCUUUUGACUUUAUCCAUGAUACCGGUGCUACCAGUCACAUUUGCAAUAACAUCUCAUAUUUUUCUUCUCUUCGUCCCACUUCGGCUACCAUUCGUGGUCUUGGUUCUGCUACUGCUGAGGGGGUUGGCGACAUUGUCGUCGAUCUUCUUGGUAAAGAUGACCAGCCUUGUGACCGCGUUGUUCUUCGAGAUGUUUUAUAUGUUCCUAAGAUUCCUCGCAAUUUAUUUGCUGCUCGUCGAGCUACUGCUGGUGGUUGUCGGUUCAUUCAAGACCUUAACCAUAUUUCUGCUGUCGAAAAUGGCAAAACUCGACCAGUUCAUGAGGUGUUUGCUGUUGAGUCGUCUGCCAAUCUUUGGCACAAGCGACUUGGUCACGCCAGUGUGGACGUUCUCAAGAAAUUAUCUAAGUCACUUUCUGUCAAGCCUACUCAUUUUGAGGUUGUGGAUAGUCAUAAGUGUGACGCUUGUUUGGGUGGCAAAGCCACAGCAUUGCCAUUUAAUGGUACCACAGAAAAAGCUAGUCGUCCUUUGGAGUUAUUUGUUUCUGAUUUAAGCGGUCCUCAUGUCGCUACCCCUGUGGGUCAUCGUUAUGUCUUAACCAUUAUGGAUUAUUAUUCCAGGUACUCUUAUGUGGAGUUGUUGGUUAGGAAAAGUGAUGCAAGUCUUGCCAUUCGUAACUUUAUUGCUAGGUGUGAAUCUUAUUUUUCUGGUGAUUCUGCUGGUGAUCGAGUUGCAUAUUUUCAUUCUGAUAAUGGCGGCGAAUACAUUUCCAAAGACCUGGAGCAGUUCUUUGUGUCUAAGGGUAUCAAGCAUACUUAUACAGUUCCUCAUACUCCUCAACAAAAUGGUGUUGCUGAGCGAUUGAAUCGCACAUUAUUUGAGAAAGCCAAGUCUAUGCUUUUAUAUGCUCAUGCUCCUGAAUACUUAUGGGGUGAAGCUGUCAAGUCUGCUAAUUAUAUUAGGAACCGUCUUCCUAGUCGUACCACUGGUGGUGUUGCACCUCUUCAACUUUGGACGGGUAAACCUCCUAGUUAUCACCAUAUGAAAGUAUUUGGUUGUCAAGCUACAGUUGUUCUUCCUGGUGCUAAAAGAGAAUCUAAGUUAAGUUCAAAUACUGAAGCUGGUGUUUUUGUUGGGUAUUCUUUGGAUCGUACAGCUUAUCGAGUUCUUCUUGAUUCAAGCAUUGUUGAAGCCAGGAGUGUUUACUUUGAUGAGUCCAAGUUUCCAUUUAUGAAAAGUGAUAAGGACUUGUCUAUUAAUGGUACUGGUGUUGGGUUUAGUGUUGGUUCUGGUUCAGGGUCCAUGUCAGGACCUUGUUUUGAUUCUAAGGGGACUGUUUUGGGUCUCAUAGAUCUUUACCAGCAUCCUCAUCUGGUUCUGGUUCUGGUUCUAUUUGUGCUUUUACCGUCUCCGUCUCCGUCUUCUUCACCGUCUCAUUCUCCGUCGCCGCCUCCUUCUUCUUCUUCUUCUAUUAUUGUUAAUAUGCCUCGUUCUGUUCGUCGCAUUUUGUCUACACCUUCUGCUCCUCUUGAGUCUCCUACUCUUCCUACUCUUCCUUCUAUUGCUUCAGUUCCAUCUCUUCCUAGUUCUCCUAUUCUUCCACCUUCAGAUCAUGAUGUCUCUAUCUCUCCUGACUCAAGUCCAAUUGUUUCUUCUUCGGAAUAUAUUCCUUCACAAUUAGACUUAUCUGAAGCUGGUCCAUCUAUUAAUGAAUCUGAUAUUUCAGGUGAUUCUGGGAUCUCGCAACGAGGGGGUGAUAUUGGGUUUCAACCGUCUAUCAUUGCUUCUCAAGAAUCUCCUUCGUCUGAUCUUGUUAAUUCUCUUGACCAAGCUGGUGUUAGUGUUGUCACUAAGGAUGAUACUCAAGCUGUUUUGCCUAAAUCUCGAUCUCGUGUUGUUGCUGUUCGUUUACCUUCUAUAACUCCUGCCAAACGCCCGAGUUCAGAUGACAUUGUUUCACCUCCUUCUAAACACCUUUGUGAAAAUUCUUUGAAACAAUCUCCAGUGUCUGCAACACCUGCAAAACGUCCAGCUGAAGAAGAGUGUAUUUCUUAUCGUCAUCCUAGUAGUUUUGAAGAAGCUAUGUCUAGUGAAGAAGCUGAGUUUUGGCUUGAAGCCUGUGUUAUUGAAAUGUCGUCUCUUAAACGCAAUGGUACUUGGGAAUUGGUUGAUCUCCCACCUGGUCGCAAGGCUAUCAAUAGCAAAUGGGUGUUUAAAGUUAAGCGCAAAGCUGACGGUUCAAUUGAACGUUACAAAGCUCGUCUCGUGUGUAUUGGAUUUUCGCAAGUUGAAGGUAUUGAUUAUACUGAAACUUUUGCUCCCGUUGUUCGUUACGAGACUGUGAGGAUUGUUCUUGCUAUUGCUGCUCAGUUUGGGUUCCAGGUUCAUCAUAUGGAUGUCGAGACUGCAUUUCUUAAUGGUGAUCUCAAAGAAGAUAUUUAUAUGAGACAACCUAAAGGCUUUGUUGUCAAAGGUCAGGAAUCUAAAGUGUGUCAUUUGAAGAAGUCUUUAUAUGGUUUAAAGCAAGCUCCUUUGUGUUGGAAUGAGAAGAUUCAUGGUGCUCUUGUCAAACUUGGGUUUAUUCGUAAUGAAAGUGACUACGGUGUGUAUACCAAAGGAUCUGGGUCUACCAUGGUCAUUAUUGCACUGUAUGUUGAUGAUUUACUUAUUUCUGGCAAUUCUUCUGAAGUCAUUGCCAAAACCAAGUCUUCUUUGUCAUCUAUGUUUAAGAUGAAAGACUUGGGCCCAGUCGAGCAGUUCCUUGGCAUGAGAGUUAAGCAGUCACCUUACCAUAUUACUGUGGAUGUUUCACGUUAUAUUUUUGACGUGUUGGAGGAGUUUGGUAUGCAGAAUUGUUCAAGUGUCAAGACUCCUUUACCCACUCGUGAUCUUUCUGAUUUUUCCGAGUCUGACUCUGCUACCGAUGCCUCCAUGUAUCGCAGUAUUAUUGGUAAGCUGAUUUAUGCUGCUAAUUGUGCUCGUCCUGAUCUUGCUGUUGCUGUUAGCUUUCUUUGUCGAUAUAUGCAGAGUCCUAAGUCUAUUCAUAUGGAAGCUGCUAAGCAUACUCUUCGUUAUCUUAAGGGUACUGCUGAACUUGGUCUUGAAUAUCGAGCUCAGAAAGUCUACAAGCUUGUUGGCUAUAGUGAUGCCGAUUAUGCACAGGACAAGCAGGACCGUAAGUCCUUUACUGGGUAUGUUUUUAUUCUGUCUGGUGGUCCCAUUACUUGGGCUUGUCGAAAGCAAGUUAGUCCUGCAUCGUCCAGCGUCGAGUCUGAGUAUAUGUCAUUGUCUGAUGCGUCUAAGGAAUGCUUCUGGAUUAAUCAGUUGUUGUCUCUUUGCAAGAUUCCUGUUCCGUUGCCAGUGACUAUGUUUGAGGACAAUCAGGGAUGUAUUGCUUUGGCUCAGAACCCAGUGUUUCAUCGUCGCACCAAGCAUAUUGAUGUUCGGUAUCAUGUUGUCCGUCACUAUAUUCGCAGUGGAGUGAUUCAUCUGGAGUAUCUUGAUACUCAAGUGAUGUUGGCAGAUAUGUUUACUAAGAAUCUUGGUCGUGUGAAGUUUGAGACAUUGAGGGGACUACUUGGUAUGAAGGCAGUAGGUGAUUCUGCGACAAGGGGAGGUGUUGAGCAUGCAAUGUUGUCGCAGACUAGUGCAGUUGAUAAUGCACGAGUUUGGGUGGGAAACUAUGGUUGA